GCCGGGCCGGACCGGGCCCCGCCGCCCGACCGCGGGCAAGUUUCCUCAGGGCGGGCCGGGAAGGAGGCACCGCCAUGGAGGAGGCCGAGCCGAGCGAGCGCAGCCCUUUGCUGAGCAGCGUAGAGCGCGGGAGGGCAGCCAGCAACGCUUUCCACGGGCGGCGGCUGGCCUGCGCUGCCGUGCUGCUGGCCGAGCUGCUGGAGCGAGUGGCCUUCUACGGCAUCACCUCCAACCUGGUGCUCUUCCUCAACGGGCCUCCCUAUGGCUGGGAGGGUGCCCAGGCCAGCCAGGCCCUGCUGCUUUUCAUGGGCAUCACCUACCUGGUGUCACCUUUCGGCGGCUGGUUGGCUGAUGCCCUCCUGGGCAAGUUUGGCACCAUCCUGCUCAGCAUGGCACUCUACCUGCUGGGCAUGCUGGCCUUCCCUGUCAUCGCUGCGCCGCACACCCGCCAGGGCCUCUGCGGGGACAUCCCCUUGUUCCCUGUAGAGAACUGCUCCUCUCCGGUGGCCAACACCACUAUGGCACCUUGCUCCCAGGUGGGAGCCAUCCGCUACUGUGCCACCGCCACCUUCGUUGGACUGGUCCUCGUGGGGCUGGGCGUCGGGUCGGUCAAGGCUAACAUCACCCCUUUUGGGGCAGAUCAGGUCAAAGAUCGGGGCCCAGAAGCCACAAGAAGAUUUUUUAAUUGGUUUUAUUGGAGCAUUAAUUUGGGAGCUAUUCUCUCUCUGGGAGGCAUUGCAUACAUUCAACAGAAUGUGAGCUUUGUUAUUGGAUAUAGUAUCCCAACCGUUUGCAUUGGGAUUUCAUUCAUGGUUUUCUUAUGUGGUCAGAGUUUCUUCAUCACAAAACCACCUGAUGGUAGUGCCUUCACAGACAUGUUUAAAAUUCUCGCAUAUUCUUGUUGCUCAAGAAAGAGACAUGUGGAACGUUCAACUAAUAGCGAAGGCCAGGGAGUACUUCAGCAACCUCACAAGCAAAGCCUGUUUGAGAUGGCCAAGAUGUCUCGUGGGGGCCCAUUCAGAGAAGACAAAGUAGAAGAUGUGAAAGCUCUUGUCAAGAUUAUCCCUGUCUUUUUGGCUUUAAUACCUUACUGGACAGUGUAUUUUCAAAUGCAGACAACUUACGUAUUGCAAAGUCUCCAUCUGAAAAUUCCUGAAAUAUCAAAUGACACCAACUCUAUUCAUACGUUUCCAGCAGCCUGGUUGACUAUGUUUGAUGCAGUGCUUAUUCUGAUCCUAAUACCUUUAAAAGAUAAAUUGGUGGACCCCAUUUUAAAAAGGAAUGGCUUGCUCCCGUCCUCACUGAAGAGGAUUGCGGUUGGCAUGUUCUUUGUAAUGUGUUCUGCGUUUGCUGCAGGAAUUCUGGAAAGCAACAGACUGAAAAUUGUAAAGGUUAAAACAAUUAAUCAGACAAUUGGAAAUGUUACAUACCAUGCUGCAGAUUUGCCAAUAUGGUGGCAGAUUCCUCAAUAUGUGCUUAUUGGAUUCAGUGAAAUAUUUGCAAGUAUAGCAGGUCUAGAAUUUGCAUACUCAGCUGCUCCCAAAUCUAUGCAGAGUGCUAUUAUGGGGCUGUUUUUUUUCUUUUCGGGGAUUGGAUCAUUUGUUGGCUCUGGAUUGUUGGCACUGGUGUCUAUUAAAGAAAUUGGCUGGAUGAGUAAUCACACAGAUUUUGGUAAUAUUAAUGGCUGCCAAUUAAACUAUUACUUUUUUUUGCUGGCUGCUAUCCAAGGAGCAACCCUCUUGCUUUUCCUUAUUGUUUCUGUGAAAUACGAUUAUCAGAAAUCGAAGAUUAAUGAAGUGGCUGCCAACGGGAGGAUCUGAUAUCUGUUACAGAGCAGACUUCGUUACAGCAGCACACAGUGAAGUGGCAGCGCACCCUGAGCCUGCAAGAUCCUGUGUUUUCUCCAGUGAGACUUUUUCUAGACUUGCAUGUUACAAGGGUUCUGGCCCCUGCCCCUCCUCGUGUAACGUAGGUAAGUGCCUUAUGUUGGUGGGGCUUGUUUCUUGCACUACGUCCUGGCAGAGGACAAACACAAAUCUUGGAAGUGUAUUAACUCUAGGCAUUCAAGUUGCUCUUUGUUAAUCGUGAGAUGUUUACUUAACUCUUGAAAGUUGGGACACUUAUACUUGGAAACCGAGUAUAACGAGUCACAUGUGACAUGGAUUAUUGCUGAUUGAAAAACUCUGGUUAACGAAGAACAGUGGAUCUAGAGAAACUCUCAACAUUCUCAAGCCUACAUUGAGGACACAGGAAAUAAAAUAUUUUACAGAAACCUCAAGUAGUGGUUACAAGAAUAAAUUUCCAAUCCUAAGAGUCAUUUUGGGCGUAGAAACAGAGAAAAAUUAAACUGCAGAUUAGCUCAGAUUAAAAAGAAAUUUAGUUUUAUAAUUGACCUUUCACUGGCAGCAUCUCAAGGAUUUAAGUCCAAACUUGCACUCCAGAGUAUCCAAUACUGAAGACUGAAUUGUAUGUCACAGUAGCUUGUUGUGUAGCUACUGUAAGUUCUGAUGCAAAAUGAACACCUGUUGGGACUGAGAUGAUUUUACUUCGAAAUGCUUUUAUUAUUGAAUCUGCAUUAGAUGUAUUAGGACAACAUGGAAACAUACAUCUUUUGACAAAGGACUGUUCAGUCUAACGCUGUUACUUCCCUAAGGAAUAUUCUAAAUAUUUGCAGAAAGAAAACUGAGAUUGAAUUCUCAGAAGAUGAAUACGCAAUAACAAUUUAGAAGCCUUUCAGCCAGUUCAUUCAGUCUUGUGUCUUACUUCUAGCUAACAUGCUACAGGGUUUGUAUCUUUCAGCAACACAUUCCUCUAGCAGAGCAAAUGGUUUUAUGUUCAGCCUCUGGAAUUUUAAUGAUUCUAACAAUUGUACUUAAGAUUGUGUGCAGGCUGGUAUGGAAGAUGCAAGGAAUUAUGCAGAAAGAAAAUAAAAACUCAACUUUUUAUUAAUGUGUUGAAUUUUUACAGUUUCCUUUGCAUUUAGAUUGUUAAAAUGUCCUCCUUUUGUACAUGGACAUCUUUUUAAUGAGUUUACAAAAUAAAAUGAACUUCCAUGCUGUGACUUUUGACCCUUUGUUUCUAGGUGAAUAAAAUUAUACUACAAAAA